AUGGCAUCGCCUGUCCGCACCCCGGACCUCGCAAAGGCACAUCCUUUGUUCUCAGGCGAAUCGCCCACAAAGUCUCCCGGUCCUUCGUCCCUUGUCAAUCGCCCGAUAUGGGGUCAGCGCAAAGCCGCUCAAGUCGAUUACAGUGCAGAUGCACCAUCAGCCCUUCAGCGUCGUUCGGUCAGCCGCAACCCUUCAUUUCAUGACAGCACCUCGGCGACCCCGAGUUCAAACAGCCUGCGGCCUGUCCCGGCUGAUGGCGAUGUCUUUGCCUCGCGAAGCUCAACAUCGUCUACUUUGCCAGCCUCAUGCGACGCAGACACCUCGCACACCACAUCCUACAUUCCACGCACCAGUCGCGUCAGCAGCUACGAUCUGCAGUUCGACGAUGCCGACGAGCCCGACAUCCCCAACGAUUCGCUCUUCGGAGCUCCGGAGCCUUCUUCCCCACGCCUCUUUGAUCGCGAGCUCAAGGCACCCAGGGCGACGCGGCCCGCCACCGUCUAUCAUGCGAUCCCUCAGCAAGUCUCUCCGGAUCAGACACCCAUGCCCAAGCACCAGUCUCACCGACCUUCAUCUCGCUCAGGCUUAAGAGAUGGGGCCAUUUCGCCUUCACAUGGCCGCAUCAGGCGCAGCCCUGCCCCAAGCACGUCUCGCUCUGGCGUCAGUCCAGCAAAUGCUGGCAGUCGUGUCAACGAGCUUGCGCGCGAGCUCGAGUUUCCUGUCGACUGGCUCCAGCAGCUCCAUCGCCUCGCCGAUGCUGACCUGGAAGCAGCCCUCGCAGGUCCGCUUGCGCAUCGUCCGCUCACCAAUCAGCAGCCACGCGAGUCCACACCCGUCAAGUCGUCCGCAUCCGCAGAGCGUCGUAAUGAUGCCAGGUCCCUCCCGUACCAUCUUCAGCUUACCAAGGCUCUGUCGCGAGCCCUGGCUGAAGCCAACAAGCAGCUCGACCAGCUUCGCAUCAGCGCCGCCGAGGAGCGUGCCCAACAUGAACAGACGCUUGAGAAUACCCAGCAGCGCACAGAGUCUCGCGAGGCCGCCUUCACUGCACUCUGCCUUGACCACGGCAUCAAGCAGGGCGAGAUCGACCGCAGCCUCUUGCGUGCCCCUGUCCUCGAUGCCGAAGUGCUCAAACGAAGGCGUCUUGCCGAGCAACAGCGCAACCUCGCUCAAGAGGCUGCGAGCGCACAGGCACCGUCCAAGCCGGCAGACAUGGCCCUCCCCGACUCGCUUCAAGAGGCCAUGCUUGAGGACCUCGAGGGAGUCGCCAAUACCUCCCAGCGCCCGCGCUCCCCUUCGCUCAAGCCGUCAAGCAUACACAGCGCAAUUGAUGCAUCCCCGUCCAACCGUCGAAGCCCAUCUCUCCGCUCGCACGUCUCUACGACGUCUACCGACGGUGCCAAUCCGCAACGGCAACGAGGAAAGUCGCUGUCUCUCUCGAUUUCCUCGGCUCGUGACAAAGAUGUGGACCAAGUUAGCAUCAAAUCGUCAGCGGGUGUGACUGCAGACAGCUUGGGCACUAGCCCGAUCCUUCGCCAACAUCCUAGUGCACUCAGAGGCUCGCCGCAACGCUCCGCAUCUCCGCACUCGCUCCACAAGCCAAAAUCACCGCAUGUCGCUUCCCCACGCGCUCGAUCCACAUCUUCUAGCACCUCGGUCGGCGGCGGCCUCGGUGACUGGGCCAGCGGCCUUUUGCCCUGGUCCGGCGGCGGCGCCUCGCGCAAAGCGGCUCCCAGCACUGCUCAAAGCAUGGUCAAGGCAACCAGUCCGGGCCGACGCGAGAUGGCGCAGUCCGCAGCCGCCAGCGCCGCGGACGCCAAGCGCUCCGUCAGUGCGUCCAAAGGUUCCAAGGCAGCUUCGUCUUCCACCUUUGCCCGCGCAUUCGGUCGAUACACACGCUCGUCGCCAACACCGGAGCCGGCACCAGCUGUGCCCCAGCCCAAUGUCACCCGACUUCCAGACACGUAUCAGUUCGACCGCCGUGGCGGCGGCGACCCUACCGAAUUCCUGUCAGCAGCAGGAGGCAGCGCGGUGCUCGGGGCACCUUCACCCCGCCCACCGAGUGCGGCCGUGGAGCUCGAGCCGAUUUUACCCAACGACGCCGCGCCUCCCACCCUGAUCCGCCGCAGGAAAAAGGGCCGCAAGAGCGGCUCCUCCAGUGUGGCGGGCCUUGGGAUCACUUCCAGCACAAGCGAAGAUCUGUCUGACAAGCUGAAUGGGAAGGAUGCUGCGGCAGCUGGAAAGGUGGUCGCUUCCAGAGCCACGCAAUCUUCUGCCGACGCAGCACCGAGCCCAGCCAGGAGGAACCGCGCCGCUCGCCUUAGCACUCUCAACGAAGAGGACAGCUCGGGCGACGAGUUUGAGGUGUACGGCGGCAAGGCGCCUGUGCCUGGCUUCGCAGCUUCCGGGCUGGAGGCAAAGCCGGCCGACGAGGAUACCUCGGUCAUCAUCCGACCUGCAGCCGGCGACGAGUCGGACGCCGACAGUGAGAUGGAAGAAGAAUUCGAGCUGCUCACCGACCGGUACGGCUUCAUCUACAACCCUACCGAUGCCGACAUCCGUCUCUUGCGUCAAGCGCGCAAGGCUUCUGCGCCCGCGCCGGCCACGCUGACAGGAAUCAAAGUCGGCAUUCGUGCACGUGGCGGCACCGACAGCCAGAGCGAAGAUGACAAGAACGAUCCAGACCUCGACAUGGAGGACUCGGACGAGGACGACGAUGCACGACUCGCCCAUCCGAUCGACGCUCAGAACGGUACCGGAGUCGAGGAUCAAACAUCUUCGCAGAACAAGGCGCUCUCCGCCACAGACACAGCAGGAUCAGGCACCGAGGGCACAGCAUCUGACGGUGGUGGCUCAACGGACAGCACCGGCGCGAAGUCUCGCGACAAACGGCGCAGCCAGCUUCUGAGCGUGGUCGACAGCAAGCCGGUGCGCGCCGAAGUGCUGCCCGUCAGCGCCGUCUCGCAGCCGGUGCGCUCGGCUUCUCCGACGAAGCGGCGGGGGACACGCUCGGCCGCCUCGUCUCGGUCGAGCAGCCCGGUGAAGGGGCAAGCUCCUGGCUUUGGCACACCGCGCGCAGGCCUGCCGUCGAUCUCCAACACGGUGCGACGGCUGUUGACGCAGCUCAAGGACAUGCACGAUACGCAGCAGGUGGAGCAAAAGCAGCGGUGGGAUGGCUUCCUCGAGCGCCGGCGAGCACGGCUCAAGCCGAGCUCGAGCGAGGCCAACGGGCUUGGCGGUGCGGCCAUCAGUAACGCGGUCGGAGGCGUCGCGGUAGCCAAGUCGAGCUCGACGUCCAAGACCAAGGCGCUGUUCGCAGGGGGCCUGUUUGGGGCCGCGCACGCCGACGGCUCGGAAGCGGCCGGGUUGGCGGAGAAGGCGCCCGAGGAGGACUGGUCGUCGGGCAUGGUGGGCGUGAGCCGCAUGGGCGACUCCAAGAGCGGCAAGGAGGACUGGCGCGACUUUUUGGCGCUGUGCCAGGCGGGCAUCCCGCUGUGCUACCGCGCGCGCAUCUGGGCCGAGUGCAGCGGAGCCAACGACCUCGCCGAGCCCGGGCGCUACCAGGAGCUGCUGUCCGAGCACCAGGGCGAGACCAACGAGUGUCUGACGCAGAUUGAUUUGGACGUGCACCGCACGAUGCCGACCAAUAUCUACUUCGGCGGCGAUGGGCAGGGGGUGGCCAAGCUGAGGCGGCUGCUGGUGGCGUUUAGCUGGUACAAGCCGAGCACGGGCUACUGUCAGGGGAUGAACAAUCUGGCGGCGACGCUAUUGCUGACGCACGCGACGGAGGAGGAGGCGUUUUGGGUGCUGGUGUGCCUGAUCGAAAAGAUCCUGCCCAGCGAGUACUAUACGUCGCAUCUUCUCGUGUCGCAGGCGGAUCAGCGGGUGCUUAUCGAGCUUGUGCGCGAACACAUGCCCGCACUGCAUGCGCACAUUGACGAGCUGGGCGUCGACCUACCCGCGAUUACGUUUGCGUGGUUCUUGUCGCUGUAUACCGACUGUCUUCCGGUCGAGACGCUGUUUCGCGUGUGGGACGUCAUGUUUGUCGAAGGCAUGGUGAUCCUCUUCCGCGUGGCCAUGGCGAUCCUCAAGCUGCACGAACGCGAGCUGCUCGCCACCUCGUCGGCUUCGUCGUUCUAUGGACUCGCACACUCGCUCACCUCGCGCCUGUUUAGUGUCGACAAGCUCAUCCACCUCGCAUGCACCGAACUCAAGUCCACCAUCCGCUACGCCAACAUCCUCGAAAAACGCGAACGGCACGUCGCCGAUCUCACCUCGGAACUCGGUCUCGACCUCACCACCAAUGCCUAG